AACCAAUCCUAGGCAAAAAAAAAAAGCAAGAAACCAUCACUAAAAUCAAGAGAGAAUCUCAUUAGAGAAGGAAUGUGGUGAUACCCAUGAAAGGGUUUACAAUAUUCUGCUUUUGGUUCUCUCUGUUCUGUGUAUUUGUAGUCUCUGUAACUGUUGAUGGUGAUGAAAUCCCUCUAAAUGGGACUCUCAAAGAUGGAGAAACAAUAGCUUCUUCUGAUGGAUAUUUCGAAUUGGGUUUCGUCGGUAUUGGAGGCUCAAAGAACAGGUACUUGGGGAUCUGGUAUAGUUUCUCUAAUGAAACAAUUGUGUGGAUUGCGAACAGAGAAGCUCCGCUCAACGAUUCAUCGGGGCUUUUGAAAUUCACACCCCAGGGAGUCCUUCAACUUCUCAAUAGCGCAAAUAAUGUUGUGUGGAAUUCAAGCCUAUUACGAGGAGCUCGAAACCCAGUAGCGCAGCUAUUGGUGACCGGAAAUCUUGUUGUUAAAGAAGCAAAUGAUGACGAUGAAGACAACUAUUUGUGGCAGAGUUUUGAUUACUUGACUGAUACAUUUCUACCAGCAGUGAAGUUUGGGGUUAAUUUGGUUACCAACACUGAAUCACUCUUGAGGUCAUGGAUUAGUCCGGACAAUCCUUCACCAGGAAAUUCGACGACCCAGAUGGAUACAAGUGGGUAUCCCCAAAUCUUUAUUAGGAAAGGUAAAGAUAUUGUUUUUAGAUCUGGUCCAUGGAAUGGAAUUAGGUUUAGUGGAAUGCCUAAUUUAAGCCCAAACCCAAUUUACACUUAUGAGUUUGUGAUGAAUGAGAGAGAGAUUUAUUACAGAUAUGAUCUUACCAAUAGUUCUGUUUUUACUCGGAUGAUGUUGAACAAUGAAGGUAUAUUUCAGCGGCUCACAUGGACUUCCCGAACGCAGGGUUGGAAUUUAUACUUGACAGCACAAAUGGAUAACUGUGACAAUUAUGGGACUUGUGGUGUUUAUGGUAGUUGUGACAUAAACAAUUCUCCGGCUUGCGAGUGCUUGAAAGGGUUUACGCCCAAGUAUCCAGGAGAUUGGGAGUCUGGGGAUUGGUCUGGUGGGUGUGUGAUGAAGAGUAACAUGACUUGUGGGGAUGGAGAGGGGUUUAGGAGGAUUUCAAGUGUGAAGUUACCUGAUACAAGGAUGGCUUGGUUUAAUAGGACUAUUGACUUAAGAGAGUGCGAAUUAACUUGUUUGAGGAACUGUUCUUGUAAAGCUUAUUCAACUUUGGAUAUCAGUAACGGGACUGGAUGCUUGCAAUGGUAUGGAGACCUGAUUGAUAUCAGGGAGUACACCGAAACUGGGCAAGAUUUCUUUCUCAAAUUGCCUGCUUCAGAAUUAGAUACAAGUAGAAGUUCUGACACAAAGAGAGUAGUGUUGUUCAUAGUCAUCCCUGUAGUAGCUAUGGGAUUUAUUUUCCUUGGAGUAUAUCUACUCUUGUUCAUGAGGAAAAAGAAGCUCAGGAGAGAAGAAGGGAUGUCUAUGCGUCAAAUAGAAAGAGAGUACAUGGAUGAAAGCCGGCAAAAAGACUUAGAGCUUCCACUGUUCGACUUUACUACCAUAGUUACUGCAACUAAAAAUUUCUCUGAUUAUAAUAAGCUUGGAGAGGGUGGAUAUGGACCUGUUUACAAGGGCACGUUGAAAGAUGGACAAGAAAUAGCUGUGAAGAGGCUUUCAAAGGAAUCUACACAAGGGCUUGAUGAAUUCAAGAAUGAAGUCCUAUGUAUUGCUAAACUUCAACACCGAAACCUUGUGAAGCUUCUAGGUUGUUGCAUUCAAAUGGAAGAAAAGAUGUUGAUCUAUGAAUACAUGCCAAAUAAAAGCUUGGACGCCUUUAUUUUUGAUAAGAAGCAAAGUGCAUUACUAGACUGGCCUACACGCUUACGUAUAAUCAACGGGAUUGCUCGGGGUCUUCUUUAUCUUCAUCAAGAUUCAAGGUUAAGAAUCAUUCAUCGAGAUCUAAAAGCUAGCAAUAUAUUACUGGACUACGAUAUGAACCCGAAAAUUUCAGACUUUGGCUUGGCUAGAAGCUUUGGAGGAAAUGAAACUCAAGCAAACACGAAAAGAGUGGUUGGAACAUAUGGCUACAUGUCACCAGAAUAUGCAAUUGAUGGGCUAUUCUCAUUGAAAUCCGACGUAUUUAGCUUUGGAGUAUUGGUGCUAGAGAUAGUGCAUGGACAGAGAAACAGGGGAUUCUUUCAUCCAGACCACAAGCACAACCUUCUUGGUCAUGCAUGGAGACUGUAUAAAGAAGAGAGGACUUGGGAAUUUUUGGAUGAUUCUUUAAUGAACAGUUCAGACUCUAUCAUGUUUGAAGCGUUACGAGCGAUCCGGAUCAGUCUAUUAUGUGUUCAACAAAAUCCGGAAGACAGACCGAACAUUUCACAGGUGGUUCUGAUGUUGAGCAGCAACAUUGCACUGGGUCAGCCUAAAGAGCCUGGUUUUUUCAAUGAGAGGAAUCCAUUUGGACAAGAGUCCUCUUCGAGCAAGGUCGAUUCUUGCUCGGCUAAUGAAAUGACCAUUACGAUGUUUGCAGCUCGAUAGUUGAUUUUUUUUUUCCUUCUUCAUGUUAAUGCUUCAAUGUAUAAGGGUUUUACCUUUACCUUAAUGCUUCAAUGUAUAAUUCUGUUUAUACAAAUUAUUAAAAUAUAUUCAAUAGUGAAGUCUAAUUAUAAUUCUCUCUAAUGUCAAUCAUCACAUGUCCAAGAAAAUUAUGGUUG